CACUCACUCCCACCAUCCGCCCAGGUUAGGUUGCUCUGCACCGUUAAGAUGCUCAAUUGAUGGGGCGUACUGAGGGAGCUGUGUGCAGUGAAAGGAAGAAUACCCUUUUAACGUGUUUUCAUUGUAGCAAAAAAACAGAAAAAAAGCCAUGUCCUCUCCUGGUUACAUCACUGCUUGUUGCUGGUUCCCCCGACUGGACACCUUUCCUCGAGCUCAGCUGGUUCUUCUUCUUCUCCCAGACGAGGAGCGCGCUGGACGAUGCUAUUAUUGCGGCGUUUUAAAGGGAAAAAAGCUCAUGACAGAAUAACAACACAAGGCAGUCAGUGCAUCGCCCAGCUCAGCCAGCAGCGCCACAUUAUUACCAGUGUUUAUUAGUUUAAUCCGGAUGAGGUGAUUCGCACAGUGGACGACGCAGGCACUUUCUUUUUUUUUGUGGGAAGAAUUGGAAACGCACCUGCCUGUGAGAAUAAACCGGGAGCACAUGGACAUCUCUGUUCCACUGGAUUGUGAAAUUGGACAUCUGAGUAUUUUCUUUAUCAAAACGCCGCCAUGGAGCAGUCGCAGUUUCUAAUCUGCAUCGGUUUGAUAUGUGUGUAUGAGUGUGGUUUGGAUGACAGCUGAUCGCCCCUCCUCUCCUCUCCUCUCCUCUCCUCUCCUCUCCUCUCCUCUCCUCUCACUGGGACUUAAAUAAAAAACGCGCUCCAUCUGAAGCCUCUGGAUCAGGAAGCCAAGAGAGCGUCUCAGUUUCAGCUGUGUUUAACAAUAGAUGGAGCGCACGCAGAGGGGCUGUGACAUUUUGCUUCAUUGUAACCUUUUCCCCCUGAUAAAGGUUACCUUCACACAAAUCUGAGGUUUUUAUCCUCUCGUCAUACAUCACUGAAGGCCUUUUUUUAAUUUCAUUUUGGAGACAGUUCUGCAGCUUUUUCUUUGGUGGAGAUGCUGUGUCCACAUGGAAACUAACAUUUCCUCUCCUCUGCUCUUUGGUGCGCUAAACCCUGCGUGAUCCUUGGAGGAGUAGCCGAUCAAAUAAUCAGCAAAAGGCUUGAGCUACAGAGGGGAUUUGUGUAGAUUAUCUACCCGGACUGCUAUUUUGUUUGUCACACUCUUAACUUGAAUUUAGCAGCUUUUGAUCUGCAGCCCUUUUUUUUUUUUUUUCCACUGCAUGCUGCCCUGGAGUCUCCAGCAGGGAAAAGUCUGUUUACAAGCUAUUCAUAGGGGGUGGGUGGGGGAAAGGGGGUAAAAUGCAUUCAUGCAUUCAUAAGCAAUGACUGCCACAGAGGUGUUUGGACCCAGAUCUGAGGAUACGACGCGUUUGCCGCUGUCACCCCGUGGUGGAUCCGGAGGAAUGAGACGCGCGUCGAGGCUGUAGUUAUAGUUAACACCACCCUGUUUACGCGCCAGGCUGCCUGGGAUGCCGUCGUGCCUGUGACCGUCUCAACACAAGCAAAGCGCCCAGAUUGAGCUCUUUCCGGACUUGUUUUGACUCUCUACCCGGGCGGCUACCGGAGGAUGUUUGAGCCAGGAUGCUGCGCUUCCCCGUGAAGAAGAUCCGGAAGCAGUUCAAGCUCCUGCUGCUGCUGGUCCUGCUCACCUCCGCCGUGUGGUUUACCUACCUGCACAUCAACCAGGGCAAGACCAUCAAACUGCACUUCAACUACGGAAAAGAUGGAGAGAGACAGACGGAGGGGACGGACACCAGCCGUAAGAGGGACGCUCGCUCCUCGGCCGGACACCACAAGAGUGAGGACACCAGCGACAGCAGGGAGGACGAGGCUGCAGAUGAUGAGCCAAUUACAGGAGGGGCUGGUGGCAGAGACCAUACCCGCAUCCGGAAGAUCCUCAGCCAGCGCCACAAGAAAUUGCCAUGGAAACCAGAGUAUAAGGGUCAGGCCAACCUGCAUGUGUUUGAGGACUGGUGUGGCUCCUCUAUAGCCCAACUCAGAAAGAACCUGCACUUCCCUCACUACCCUCAUGCCAGAACCACGCUGAAGAAGCUGGCCGUUGCUCCGAAGUGGAAGAACUACGGCCUGAGAAUAUUUGGCUUCCUUCACCCUUACAGAGAUGGUGAUUUCCAGUUCUCGGUAUCGUCUGAUGAUAACUCUGAGUUCUGGCUGAGUCCUGACGAGAGCCCACUCAACGCCAGACUGCUGGUCUAUGUAGGACAGCUGGGUACAGAGUGGACCGCUCCAGGCGAGUUCAGCAAGUUCAGGUCCCAGUCCUCCAAGUCUGUGCACCUAAUCUCGUCCAGACGAUACUACUUUGAGAUCCUCCACAAGCAGGAUGACAAGGGCUCGGAUCACGUGGAGGUUGGGUGGCGUCCGUUCCUUCCUGGUCUGAAAUAUGAAGUGGUAGACUCAGCCUACAUCUCCCUGUACACAGACGAGUCCAAUCUGAAGAUGAACAGUGUGGACCACAUCCCCCAGACCUUGGCCAGUCACAUCCGUCUCCCAGUGGAGGCUCAGCUCCAGGGUCUGCGGGGAGGCAGUGCCAUGCAGCACGGAGCGGAUAUGCUGAAGCCGGACCCCAGGGACACCUUCUACAGAACUCCUAUGAUCAACCCCUCCCGACUGGAGAACGUUCUCCCGGCGUGUCUCUACUCUCCGACCUAUGUAGUCAAAGAUUUUCCCAUCGCCAGAUACCAGGGCUUGCAAUUUGUCUAUCUGUCCUUCGUUUACCCCAACGACUUCACGCGUCUCACCCACAUGGAGCGGGAGAACAAGUGUUUCUACAGAGAGUCCCCUAUCUAUUUGGAGAAGUUUGGUUUCUACAAAUAUAUGAAGAUGGAUGAGGAGGAAGAUGACAGGCCGUUCUUCUUCCCCAACCCAGAUGAUUUCCUAGAUGAAGAGGAGGUGGUGGAUUUAGAGGACGAGGCAGAGAUUGUUGGCACGCAGCCGCCCAAGAAGCCCUCUCGUCCCAGCCAGACCAGCCACACCUCCAACCCUGCCCAUCAGCACUCAAAGCCUGCGCCGACACCAGCUGGCAGGAAAGGGGAGGAAGAGGAGGAGGACCCUGAUGAAGAGGGGGAGGGAGAAGUCAAUAGUAUCAUACGCCGCAGAGAGAGGCGACACUUUCCUCACAGAGAUGGGCAGAUGGGUCUGGACAGAGACUGGGGGAGAGAUCACACAAACAUGAGACAGGACACCAAGAAGGGACUUGAAGAGCCCCAAACCAGGGUGCUUCAGCCUGACAUGGACAGCGUGGUCCGGGCUCGCUCCCUGUCUUGGAUCCGCACUGGUCCUGCAGAGUUGAGCCCUGGCAGGAAGGGAGGAGGAACAGGUGGCGGAGGAGGAGAGAAGGGAGCUGAAACUCUUCCCAAACUGAGCAAGUCCUCGCUCCUUUUCCCCCAAAAGUCCUCCCUCUCUGCCCUUGCCAGCCGAGCCAAGCAGAUCCUCAGCAACUCCGCCCAUAGCAACAACCUCCACGAUAACAACAACAAGCUUCCUGGAAACAAGAAGGAGAAGAGGGAGGAGAACAAGAUCUACAUCACCCGGCCUCGACCUGCCAAGGAGAGGGAGAAGGACAGGGAGAGGGAGAGGGAGCAGCGUCGAGAGAGGAGGGAGGAGAGGAUGUCUCGCCACCCUAGAGAGGUGUUCCCGGGGGUUUUUCUGUACCAAACUGGGAAGACCACAAGGUUGGUCAACCUGGGUGCCAAAGGACAUGCUGGGGGAGGCAUAACAGGAGGCAGAAGUCUUGUUAGUGCCCCUCAGCUCUGGCCUAACCCCCCCACAAAAGAAGGUAAGACGUUUCCUCACAAUGGAAGCGUCAACAUACAGAAUGAAAGUGUACAGAAGUCUGCCAACAGGGCAGCAGGGGCAAAACAGCCAGAGAAAAGCAAGAGGAAAGGGGAGCACCGGGAUUUAAAGACUACUGCCGCUGCUGAUGUACCCAGAAGCAAAGGGGACCCGCUAACCCCACUGUCCCAUCAUAAAGAUCCCCCUCCAGUUACCCAGCAAAGGUUGAACUUCACAGAGAACACGCUCCAAGGUCAAACACGGGUCACCUCUUACCUCAGGACCUCCGAGAUCACAGAGUCCCAGCAGCAGCCAGACCCGGUCCCCAACCCGGCAGAACUCGGCCAGGACACAAACCGCUCUAAUACCGACCCCGAUCCCGAGCCAGAACCAGAGGAGGGCGAGAUGUCGGACUACAGCUACGAGGAGGUCGAGGCUCGGCCAGGUUGGGCAGAGGAGAGCAUCAACUGGCAGAGGACCUUCUCAGUCAAUCCGAUGGACUUCGAGCUGCUGCGCUCUGACUGGAAUGACCUGCGCUGCAAUGUGUCCGGCAACCUCCAGCUGGCAGAGAGCGAGGUGGUGGACGUGCUGGCGCAGUACAUGGAGAAACUCAACGAGCGCAACGGAGGGAUCUACACCCUGCUGCGAAUCGUCAACGUUGAGAAGCGGCGCGACUCGGCGAGAGGGAACCGCUACCUCGUGGAGCUGGAGCUAAUGGAGAGAGGCCGCAGCGUGGUGCGUCUGUCGGAAUACAUUUACCUGCUGCUCCACCGCAGCAGGCAGGGAGAGGAAAGUCUGGAGAACACCGACUUCGCCCCGGCCUCGGUGCCAGCUUCGGCCCCAUCAGCUGCCACGUCCAGCCUCACCACUCCGCCACCGCCUCCCUCCACCAGGUCCCCCGCACGGCCCGGAGCGACCCCCUGGAGCACCGCCUAUGCGAAGCCUCUGCUCUGCCAGCCGGUCAUGCUGCAGUGGAGGAGAGAUGUCAUGGUGCACUUUGUGGUGCCAGUGAAAAACCAGGCUCGCUGGGUACAGCAGUUUAUCUCGGACAUGGAGAUGCUUCAUCACGAGACAAAGGAUGACAAUUUCAGCAUCAUCAUUGUCGACUUUGAGAGCGAAGACAUGGACGUGGAGCAGGCACUUAGAGAGAGCAGUGUGCCGAGAUACGAGUAUCUGAGGAGAGAGGGGAACUUUGAGCGCUCAGCAGGACUGCAGAUCGGAGUGGACACUAUUGAGGAUAGUCACAGCAUCGUGUUCCUGUGUGAUCUGCACAUCCACUUCCCUCUCAACAUCUUGGAAAGCAUCAGGAAGCACUGCGUGGAGGGACGCCUUGCUUUUGCCCCCAUUGUCAUGAGACUCGGCUGCGGCAGUUCGCCACGGGAGCCUGAUGGUUACUGGGAGGUGAACGGCUUUGGCCUGUUUGGAAUCUAUAAGUCAGAUUUUGACAAGAUUGGAGGGAUGAACACGGAGGAAUUCAAAGACCGUUGGGGUGGAGAGGACUGGGAGCUGCUGGACAGGGUACUGCAGAAUGGUUUGGAGGUAGAGAGACUACGCUUGAGGAACUUCUUUCACUACUAUCACUCCAAACGAGGCAUGUGGAACGCCCAAAACAAGAAAACUCCUAAGGGAUAGCGCCCCCUUCUGGUUGGAGGAUUCUGAAUCUACCUGCAGAUCCACUGUGUGUGAGAGAGAGACCCGUGGGAGCUCGCUCACUGCCUGAACUCUGCCUUUAUUUGAAACAGGCUCCUUUCUGGGACGCCUCUGUUUCGCCGUCGGCCCCUCUUGUACGCUUGCUGUAUGAGGAAACGAAGAACUCUGAACUUACAAGCGAGCCGUUUACGCAGAUAGACCUGAGUCAUCACUUUGCCUCACUGACUGAACUACUGUACAGAGAGAAGAGAGUUAUUUUUGUUCUCCUUCUCUCUGUCCUUUUUCUGGUGCAAUGUUUUCAGACAGACUGGAAAGCAGCUGUUUUGUGUGUGUGUGUGUGUGUGUGUGUUUGUGUGUAUGAGUGGGUAUGUACAUAUAUAAGUGUAUGUGAGUGUGAGUUGUGUGCUUAUGAUGAUAGGAAGCACCUUUUUUCUAACAAGGAGAUGUGAAGACAACCUAAGAUCUUUUUUUUCUAACACGCUCUCACGAGGGAGCCUAAUAGAAUGUGUGUCAACAUGUUGUUCAGAUAGAUUCAGACAUGGUGGCGUAGAUCGAGUAGAGGAACUCUGUCUUUGGUAAAACCGUAUUUCUAAAUACAUCAACUACUACCUGUUGGAUAUCAUUAACCAGUAUGACCGAGGUGCUGACGUUGUCCUGAUAUUAUGAAUCAAAGGUUUUGAAUCAGAAAAGAUGCCGCCAUCUUUAUAUCUCUUUCUGUCCCUCUCUCUCCCUCUAUAUCUAUUUUAUCCUCAACUCAUUUCUGCCUCUGUCUGUUUCAAUGUCAUGCAAAUGUGUGCAUUUAUUUCUGUUGAAACAUUACAUACUACGCCCAUAUUAAUGCUAGCUAUCGGUUAUGACUUCAUUUUGUUUCAUUAGCUGAAGUUUGUCCUGACUGAGUAUGGAUGAAUUAACAUUUUGGGUGCUAUUUUCUGUUCAAAAACACUGAAUCUGUGAACAGUUUACACCUUUUAACUCUACUGAUGGUAUCCUCCAUUCCCUCCACAUCUCUAACCUCAAUGUCAACUGGAAAAUGAAACUGUAACAGGAGGGAAACAGAGGACAACAACAGCUUUCUGACAUUUCUGACCAUUGUAUUUUAAGCAUUUUCCUAGCUGAGAGUCGCAUUUCAAAUAUUGGAUUUGAGGGAUUAAAACUCUUAUCACUCAUAUUAAAAUGCUACCGAGACAGGCAAUGCUUAGCUACCGAAAACACAAACACUCUUCUUUUAAGCUCGUAUAAUGCUCCGACAGAAGGGAGACCAGUUCAUGUGUUGAACACGAUGUGGCAAGGCAUGGCUGUUUCACAAAUGUGUGCCUUUAUCAGGGUUUGGCUGCAGGCAGUUUUAAGAGGGCAGGGACAGACAGAAAUAAACAGUUAUUUAUCAGCAGGCACUGUAAAUUCAGAUACACUGUAAAAGAAGGAAAUAAUGGCUCUCUUCAGUGGAUUACAGACAUGUCAGUGUGUUUGUUAUAUUACUUUAGAAGCAGGAAGGAGUGGUCUUUGCAAGCCAGUUGCCCCCAUUGGUGAGAUACACAGAGAUGGUACUAAUGACUACUGAGUGAAAUCAGGAGGUGUGAUGGAGACUCACUGGCAGCUGCAGUCCAGCAUAAGCCCACCUGCUCCCAUUAGUUUGGCUGGAGGCUGGGCUCCUAAUGCCUCUGUUUAUGCAACAUGGUACUGGAGUGGCUGGAGGGCUCGCGGCUGGACAUAUAUGUGGAGUUAAUGAUCUGUUAUUGACUACAUGAUUGUCAAAAUGCCCUCCAAGACCCUUUUUCUGCCUCUACAGGAAAAAAGGUCUAAACUGUACGUCAUUUAACACUGACACGGGACUAUUUAAGGAACAAAAGAAACACAUUAAAUAUAAGACUAUAUAUAUAAGAAACAUAAAAAUGAAAAAUAGGAAUAUACAUUCCAAGGUAAUUUCUGUGAAAUUGUUUUGUAGAGAAAAGGUUUUAAGAAUGUAUUGUACUUUUAUUUUGAUUUGUUGUUUUUUUGCAAAUAAAAUUUUAUGCUUACGUCCAGA